GGUGAAAAGUCAUUAUCUUUGUAUGUAUAUUGUAUAUUAUAUGAUCUUUCGAGUUGUUUCUCCCAUAGACGAUCACAAUCAUCUUCCUCCAAUCGUUUCCAGCAAAAAAAAAUGGCCGAGUCUGCAAGCAGAAACUUUUCAAAAAAGCUCAUCGAAAUUGAUAUAAGCUCGGAUACGGUGUGUCCGUGGUGCUUUGUGGGAAAGAAGAAUCUUGACAAAGCCAUUGAUGCAUCUAAAGAUCAAUACAACUUUGAGAUCCGAUGGCAUCCUUUUUUCCUCGAUGCAUCUGCACCCAAAGAAGGUGUGAACAAGAAAGAAUUUUAUCGACAAAAGUUUGGAAGCAGAGUUGAAGCAAUGUUCAGAAGAAUGUCUGAGAUCUUCAAAGGUAUUGGGUUAGAGUAUGACACAUCCGGUCUCACAGGGAACACUCUGGAUAGUCAUAGACUCAUAAAUUAUACGGGGAAACAAGCGCCUGAUAAACAACAUAGCCUUGUUGAAGAGUUGUGUCUUGGUUACUUCACGCAGGGAAAGUACAUAGGGGACAGGGAGUUUCUGGCUGAGACGGCUAAAAAGCUUGGCAUAGACGGAGCAGAAGUAUUCCUCUCAGAUCCCAGCAAUGGAACCACAGAGGUAAAAGAAGAGCUGGAGAUGUAUUCGCAGAAUAUCACUGGGGUUCCACAUUACACUAUCAACGGGAAGGUGAAACUGAGCGGUGCACAGCCGCCUGAGACAUUCCAGAGUGCGUUUGAAGCAGCUUCUUCUUAAAACCUAAAACAGUUAACUUAAGUGGAGAUUAUGUGAAAAAAAAAAGAAGUGGAGAUUAUGUAUGCUCUGUCUGUAGUUUGAGCUUCUGAGUUCCAACUUUUCAAGAGCUUAAUGUAAUAAUGAAUACAUGUUUGGUCUUUGAUGGUUUUGUCUAAACAACAUUUAAAGGUACUUUUAAAUAACA